GGAAGAAUCACACCCGUACGUCAUAUCAAACGGACCGAUAACAUGUCCUCCGGUGGAAGAAAGGGCUAGCGAGGAAGCAAACUGUGAAAACCUUACUCACGAAGUUAAAAAAGCGGACAUGUCGCUGCGGUGUAACAUUAAAAUAGCUCACUGUAACAGCCACCGCUGCCGCUGAAGUCGACAUCUUGUAGGAAUGUUCGUUCUUAUGAGGGAAUGUAUCAGGAAGUCGCUCAGCUGGGUAGAGAGAAAGUAGCUAGCUAGUGUGCUAGCUGGCGUUAGCAGGAGACUUCUUUGUUUUGUUUUUCAUGUGGAGCUCCCCCUCGAAACUAGUCUUUGCUGCUGUUUUUGGACGUUUCAGCGCGUAUGGGUGUCUGUUAAUCAUGUGCAGUGUAUCUUUAGCCGAAGUCAGUCGAAGUGUUAAUCUCUUUCUUUGGUGCUAAAUUAGACAAAAAAGCAACAUUAGCCACCGAGAGCGACUUUAGCCACAAAGAGCUGUUUUUUUUAACAUCGAGCAGGACUGGAUAGGAGGACACGGAAGACAUGGGCAACUGUCUCAAGUCCCCGACUUCAGACGACAUUUCUCUGCUCCAUGAAUCCCAAUCAGACAGGGCGAGUUUCGGGGAUGGGACGGAUCCGGAUCUAGAGCCCCCUCCGCCUUACCAGGUCAGCACCAACACUCAGUCUAAAAGCCUUCAAAUGAGGAAACAAAAACAGUCCUGAACAUGGUUGUUUGCUUCUUUUUGAGCUUAUGUUUCAUCUUUGUAAACCUGUUAAUGAGUCGCUCUCCUGUCCAGUCCAGUCUGAUGUAACAAACUGGUUUUAUAUUUCCUUUUUUAUCUCACUCACUGGCAUGUCUGGAGUCUCCAACUAUCUACUUUGUCAUCACCUCUGAUCCUGGGAUUAAACUGGGCUCUACUUUAAGGAGGAUUGUCUGUUGAUGUUUUUUAUUGUUGGUAUUUCUUUGCCCCCCUUUUUGCCAGGAGCAGGCUCACAUGCCCAUGUACCAUCCCACGCCUAGUCAGGCCCGUCUGGCCACCCAGCUGACAGAGGAGGAGCAGAUCCGCAUAGCUCAGCGCAUUGGCCUCAUCCAGCACCUCCCAAAGGGUGUUUAUGAUGGAGGGCAGGACGGCUCCGAGAAAAAGAUCAGAGAGUGAGCCUUUUAAUCACGAAAAUACAAGACUCUCACAGCUGACUGUUUAUUAUUAUUUUAAUAGUGGUUGAGAUUCAGAAAUACUUUAACAAUCCCCAAGGUGAAAUUGCUUUUUGUUCCAGUAACUCAAGUGCAAAUAAGUAGAAAGAGAUGAUAAAUAAUAAAUAAAACAAGUAAAACUAAAGAGAUAAUAUACAAGCAUGUUCACUGUUUACGACACAAAAUAGUCAAAUAGUAUGCAUGUAAACAGUAAGCAGAGUCCAGGUAAAGGCGACUGACUGAGGGUGUCACAGUCUCUGAGGGAGGAGUUAAAAAGUCUGAUGACCACCAACAGGAAAGACUUCCUGUCCAGAUCUCAGGAAGCAUACAAUAACACUUUUAAAUGUGACUAAUGCAUAAUGAUGCUUUAUAUGAGCCAUGAACACAGGUGCUAUGUAAUGUCAGCUCACUUCUACUGAAUUGAUCAGUCCUUUAAUGCGAAAUGAUUUGAUUUGAAUUGAAUUUCUUUAAUGUCUCCUAAGGGCAGAAAGAAAGCAUACAGCAGAAAUAAUAUAAAUGAAUACAUGUUAAUACAUAGAGUCAGCACAAUUUCAUGGGUGCAUUGUUACCAUCAAUCUCACCUACAGCUUAUUAAAAAAAAACAAUGGCUGUUGGGACAAAGGAUUUGAGAUACCUGUUUGAUUUGGCUUUGCAAGUAAAAGUGAACUUUCUCUUUGAUGGGAGUGGCUGAAAUUCUGUAUUGAGAAGAUGGAGGGGGGUUUGCCAGAAUGGCCUUUGCCCUCUGAGUGUCUCUGGAUUUAAAAACAGAGUCAGGAUCAUUAAGACUCAUGCUAGUAGCUUUUUGGCAAAAUCAAUCAAUCAGUCAAUUAAAUUUUAUUUAUAUAGCGCCAAUUCAAAACAGUCGUCAUCCCAAGACGCUUUUCAAAGAACAAGAGCAGGUCUAGACCACGCUCAUUGUUUGAUGAUCAAGAACCAACCCAAGAUGGGUUUUGGCCCAUCUCAUCUAACAUGAGUAACAGUGGCAAGAAAAAACUUCAAUUUAACAGGCAGAAACCUUGAAGAGAGCGAGAGAAAGAAAGAGAGAAAGAACAACAACAACAGCUUAUGUAAUGGUGAAACAAAAUGAAUUCAGUUUACAGGGUUAGGAUAUGAGCAAUUAUGGACUAUGUUAAAUUAAUUUAAUAUUUCACAAUGUUGCUCAGUUUAUUUUUAUUUUGCGAUACUGAGAUUACUGAACUGACAUAUCGUAGAAAAGGUCACAAGAUGGAGAUUUAAUCUUAACUUUGAUCAAUAUCAAUCGUGAUAAUUGUAGUUUGUCUUCAGGUUAGAGAGUGUGGUGAACAUUUGAAAUCUGCUUGUGCUAAGAUGUAAUUUUGUGCCAGUCAAUAAAAGACAGUUAUCAAUGUGACAGACAGCCUCAAAAUAUUAGGAUUGCUGUUUUUCUGUCUGAAUUGUAUUAAUAUUUCAGGCUAACUUUUGAUCAUUUAAUUUUAACAAUAAAUGAAUGUGUCAUCUAGAGAAGUAGGUAACCCUAAUUAAAAAAAGCAAGCUAAUGGAGAGGUUGUGCUGUAAACUUAAGCGCAUAAAAACAUGUUAUUUCAUCUGUUUCAGAUGCGUGAUCUGUAUGCUGGACUUUGUAUACGGGGACCCCAUCAGGUUCCUCCCAUGUAUGCACAUCUACCACAUGGACUGUAUAGAUGACUGGCUGAUGAGAUCCUUCACCUGUCCUUCCUGCAUGGAGCCCGUUGAUGCUGCCCUGCUCUCCACUUACGAGACCAACUGAUUUUUUUCACCCUUUCUCCGCUGGUUCAGAUCAAACUACCCCUCCAAUCCUGCCCCUAAAAACACACACACACACACACACAGGCCCCAAAACUGCCCUCUUACAUAGAGAGAGAGAGGAGCUUAAAUGCUUUGGGCGUAUUCUCGCACUUUUAAACAACAGAAAUUUGGUCGACUUAUACUGGCCUUCCAACUCCCAGGUCUAAAUCAGCUGGUCUUAAACAUUAUUUACACCAAUCCAGACACUCUGCAUGAUUGCAUCUGUGUGUGUUUGUCGUGUUCAAGCAGCAUCCAGUGUUGCUGCUGACAAUGAUUAUGAGGGAUGUGUAUGUGAGCUGUUUAAGCCGUUUGAUGACUGUGCAUUUCCACUUGAGCCGGUCUCAGUGGUGUGUCUCCCCAACGGGCUCCAUUUCACCUCAUUAUCAGUCAGUCCUUGUUAUCAAAACGGAUAAUUAGGCUAACAGAUUAUUGACCAAAACGCCACAAAGUGUUGCCCCAAGAAAAGGUUUGAAUUAGAGGUAAUCUGUGGCAAGAGUAAACAACGGCUCCCUCAGCAUAUCGAUCUCCUUCAAGUGCCCUCACUGUCAAAUUGCCCAACACUUUGGAGACAUGAGGAUACACUGUUGAGGUUUAUGGAGGAGCUGCUAUGUAAUUAGUAAAGAUUAAAGAAUGAGUAUGCACAAACUGAGAAAGAGUCACCCAAAGUUUUCAAGUACACAAUGUUCACUUAAAGGAGAACUAGGCUACAUGAGUUUUGGCUGCUCCGAAUGACCAGACUUCAAAGAAGUGCUUUGAAUUGAAGGGAUAAAAAUGUUGUGUAUCAUGGAGGUUUCACCUGAUGGCGGGUGAAGAAGCUGGCAGCCAAUGUAAAAAGGGCUCAUUGUGCAUGAGCAGGUGGAUCAGUCAGACAAAAAUUAGAAACGCUUGCACACACUUUUCAUCUGAUCCAGAGAUUUGCACUUUACUUAUAGGACAGUAUCUAAACAAUAUAUUAAUAUAUGUACCUUAUAACCUUGCACUAUCAAUAGUUCAUCCUCUUUUUUUUUUUCUGAGAUGCAAAAGUUAUAUAGCUGUUACAUUUUUCCAAGCUGUCAGUAGUCACUUAUCACGUUGAAGUAAACCUGAUGAUGUAUUUCAUGAAUUCUGUGAUUCAGUAGUGUGAGCCUCUGCUUUGUUCAGCUUGAGUUUUGAUUCUUGCGUGUGAGUGAGGGGACAGGAGCUUGCUCUAGAUUGACGGAAAAGUUUAGGAAAUUCAUUCAUCAUCUUUAUUAACAAGAGGUCAACGAGAAGACUGAUUUCAGGCUGUGUGCUGAGGGGAAAGUUGCUCCCAGGGGAUGAUCAGUUCGACUUAGCUUCAGUAUUGUAAUCAGGGGGAACAGCUGGUCAGAAAUGCGCCCACCAACACUUCUGGAGCUGAAUGACUUUUAUGGGGGGUUGUGUAAUUUUUAAAAGCAGUUAAGGUAAAAAGUUUGAAGAAGUUAGCCAUGUUACUGAUAAAUUAUGAAGGUUGGCUCUUUUUUUGUCACCUAGACUGGAUCGUUACUCUGCAUCUUGUGUGUUCAACUCAGUGGUUCUCAAGUCCAGUCCUCGAGGCCCAUUGUCCUGCAUGUUCUGGAUGUUUCCCUGCUUCAACACACCUGAUUCAAAUGAUCAGCUCGUUAUCAAGCUCUGGAAUGGCUUACUAACGAGCUGAUCAUUUGAAUCAGGUGUGUUGGAGCAGGGAAACAUCCAAAACAUUCAGGACAGUGGGGCUCGAGAACUGGAGUUGAGAACCACUGAUUUAACUGACCUUAUUCCCUCCUAUUUUGGCAUCACUCUUCCAGCACACAGGCGUGAACACAGUAUCAGUCUUCUCAAGCAAACAUAUUUCUGAAAAUAUCCAGCUGUUUCUUUAAGGGAUGAAAAGAGGCUAAAUUUGAGGUGAACUAAAAACUGUUAUAAUUUUGAAUCCACAUUAGUACCAAGUCACUUUGUUUAUUAAACUUCACAUUGUUGUUUUGUUGUUCUAUAACUAUUUUUUUUUCUUUUUGCUUUUAUUUACAUUGACUGUAGCAGUAGUUGCAAUAAUUGGUUUCAUUUUGAUUUGUGGCAUUGUUCGGUGAAAGUGUGUCUGUCUUUUUUUUUUUUUCUCUGUUUCACGCGUUAUGUCUUCUAUCUUCCCAUUUUUCUGUUACCUUAGUGUGAAUUCCAGAGUGAAUUUAGCACCUGUAAAACUUUGACACUGGUCUAAGCCUUACUUUGCAAACCUCUGUCCCAAAUGAAUUUCAGGGUGUAAGAAGUUUCUUUUCACGGUGUGAUAGUUACAACUGAGAUUUCCCAUCAAGCUUUUCCUUUGCUGUGUUCUCUUUUGGCUUUUGUUGAUUAUGAAACUUAAUAUUUCCUGUAACCUUGUUUUAUUUCUUUCCUUUUUGAAGGCUAGAAAGUCAUCAUGUUAAAGUAAAUAAACAGGAAAAACAAAACUCUCUUUAAUUGAUUAAUUAAAAACAAGCAGCCUCUUU